AUGCAGGCCGUAGUUGAGAGGUUGAGACAAUUGGAGGGAAACAAAAGAAUGAAGUGUCUCAACUGUGAAGAUUUAUGCAUCCAUCCAGACUUAGAACUGUCGGAGGGGUACAAACCUCCCAAGUUUGAGUUGUACAAUGGGACCGGAGAUCCUAAGGCACAUCUGCGUGUGUACUGUGAAAAACUAGUAGGUAUAGGAAAGAAUGAGAAGAUUCGAAUGAAAUUUGGGUACAAUAUUGAUAAUGCUCCUAGUUGGGCUUACAUGAAGGCGAUGAGGAAGAAACUAAAUGAAUCCUUCUGCGAGUAUGCCAUGAGAUGGAGGGCCAAGGCCGUGAGAGCUCGGCCUUCAGUUGAAGAGCAGCAAAUAAAAAAAUACUUUGUCAAGGCGCAAGAGCCACAAUACCUUGACAAGUUAUUGACAGUUACAGACAAAAGCUUCUCCAAGAAUAUCCGAAUAGGAGAAAUGUUUGAGGAUUAUCUUAAGAAUGGUAGCAUCAUCCGUUUAAGCGCUCCAUCUCAACUGAUUGAUACUAAGGUGAUUCAGUUGAAGGACCCGCAACCCAAAGUCACCAAUAAUCCUCUCCCUGCUCAUGAGGUAAAUAUGCUCGAUGCCGAUGAUGAUGUAGACUUGGAGCAUUCUAUCUGGGUCAUUGAGAAGAAAAACAGUACUCCUAUCAGUAUACAGAAGCAAACGCCAUUUGAAGUCGAGCAAAAAGUUGUAAUACAUGGGGAAAAUGGGCAUCCCAUAUACACCAUUGAAAGAAAAGAAGACCUGGACAGAGAAAUGUUCCAUACCCUUCAGUUAGUGGGGAGCAUCGAAGGAGGGCUGCAUAAUGACGCAUUGUUUGUCUCCUUACAAUAUGAAGGAAGGGUAAUUUCACGUGUGUUGAUUGAUCCAGGUUCAGGGAAACCUCUAAAUACUUUGAGUUAUAUGAGCUGGUUAGGAUACGAAGAGGAUAAAGGUCUCGAUGCCAGAUUGCAAGGAAUAGUUGAUCCUAUUGAAUUUGAGGAGAAGGAGUAUACUUGCGGACUGGGCUAUGGAAUUAAUGCAAAGGCAAGCAAAGGCGGAAACAUAUUUGACUCCGCACUAUUAUUGUAUCAAAUCUUCCAUUCUGCGGGGUUUCUCGAGGAUAGUGAAAAUGAGGCUGAGGAAAUAAUAAAAAUGUUGAAAGGUCUCUUCAUGACAGAAGACACCAUCCUCACUCCCGAAGGCCAAGAUGAGAUUGAAACCAUGAAAGUAGACAUGAUUCUCAAAGAAGAGACUUGGAAAGAUACAAGCAAAAAGAUGAUGAAAGGUUUGGGAGCAAAACUGCAGGAAAUCGUUGAGCCCAUACAGCCGCAGUUUAAGAUGGAUACAUACAGUUUGGGAUACAACCAAAUCACAUUUAAAACUGUUGAAUCUGAGAUUGUGACAUCUAAUGAGACAACACAACAUAAUAUAAGUGAAGUAGAAAAUACAGAGGAAGUGGAAAUCCCCCAGGAAUUUGUCAGUAAGGUUGAAGAUUUCGAAGACAAACCUAAGGCAAACCUUACCGAAUCAGAAAUAGUGAACAUAGGGUCUUCUGAAGACACAAAAGAAACCUGUAAACUCAAAAAAUACAAGCCUGAUCUGAGUUUGAAAAUUAAAGAGAAGAUCUCAAAGCAGAUUGAAGCUGGUAUUCUUCGAGUGACGAAGUAUCCGACUUGGUUGGCCAAUGAUGUGCCCAUCCAUAAGAAAGAUGGAAAGGUUAGAGUUUGUGUAUACUACAGGGGUCUCAACAAAGCCAGUCCAAAAAAUGACUUUCCACUCCCAAACAUUCACAUCUUGAUUGAUAAUUGUGCCAAGCAUGAAAUACCGUCAUUCAUAGAUUGCUUCGCCGGAUAUCAUCAAAUCAAAAUGCACGAGGAUGAUGUUGAGAAAAUGGACUUUAUUACUCCAUGGGGGGUUUACUACUACAAAUUCAUGUCGUUUGGUCUGAAAAAUGCUGGAGCCACAUACAUGAGGGCCAUGACCGCUUUGUUCUAUGAUAUGAUUCACAAGGAGAUUGAAGUCUACGUGGAUUAUGUCAUCAUCAAAUUAAAAAAGGGUACAAGUCAUUUGACAGAUCUGAAAAAAUUCUUUGACAGAUUAAGGAAGUACAAUUUGAAGUUAAACCCAGCAAAAUGUGUCUUUGGAGUCCCUGCUGGAAGGUUACUGGGCUUCAUUGUCAGUCGUAGGGGCAUAGAGUUGGAUCCAGCCAAGAUCAAGGCCAUCCAAGAUCUUACUCUUCCAAAAAUCAAGAAAGAAGUCAUGAGUCUUUUGGGCCAUCUCAACUACAUCAAUCGGUUUAUAGCCCAAUCCGCGGUUAUUUGUGAGCCAAUUUUCAAGCUGUUGAAAAAAGAUGUUGCUGUUGAAUGGACAACAGAGUGUCAACAGUUAUUCGACAGGAUCAAGGAUUAUCUGUUAAAUCCUCCCAUUUUGGUUCCUCCCGAACCUGGUAGGCCAUUGCUAUUGUACUUAUUUGUGAUUAGACAAUGCUUUCGGAUGUAUUUUAGGGCAGCAUGA